UAUUUUUACUUUUGUAUGUAAGUAUAAAAGGCUGUAAGCUCUACAGUCGAGAUUAGUUUUGGAUCCAGCAUUAGAAGUGCUGAUCUUUAAGAGGCAAGAGCGAGCUGAACGUCAAUCAAAGCUAUUCCAGAAGCAUUGUGCAAAGAAAGACAGCCUUGAGAUGUUACAAGUCAACGUGUUUCUGCUGUUUUUCCUUGGCUCUUCAUUGUGCUACGACUGGGCAGACACAGCCAAACGUGCAGUUGAUGAGCAAGCAAAAGAAAAUGAAAACAUUCGACAGGAGCUCGUCAGGCUCGGAAGACAGAUGAUGCUUCAGCAGUUUUUUACGGAGGAGCGUGUAAGGUCUGAAGGAGGUUCAGGUUUGAAACAAAUCAGAAUCCACAAUGUUGGUUUGAAAAACUACUUCUCAGCGACCCACUCUGGAAAUUCGAUGGCAGCGGUGCAUGACCAUGCAAAUAACAUUAGAACUGUAGGAAUGGGUGAAUUCGUGGCUGUUCUCAAUGGAUCGAAUUCAGGACACGUCGAAUUCAGGACACGUCAUAACGACUAUCGUUUGUACAUGGCAUCCAAUGAUAAAAAGUAUCAUGGAAGUCAGGACAUUCCCUUCCCUGAUGUUCCUCCAGAAGUCCUGCAGCAUUCAAAGAUCGAAGACCAGACCAAGGAAAUGAGAGAAUGGUUCAAAGCGUGGAGAGACCAAGAUCAUUCGACAAGAGAUUAUCGUAAAUACUUCAAGCCAGUUCUUUGCUACUUGGAAGGAGCAUGGACAAGGCCAGGAAAUUCCAUUGAUGAGCCAUUCCACAGUGACAGACAUUUCGUUGAUGCAAAAAAUUGGUUUGAUCUCCAAGAGAAAUUCAGGUUCACCUCCUACACUGGCUCUAAAAGCAUCCUUGAAAACCUUCCAUUUCUCCCAACGACCAUAAUGCGAUAUGUAAAUGAAACUAUCCCCGUUUUGGCACAGUGGAACUACAGAAUCAACUGUCACCCAUUGAAGAAAGAGGUACCUUUGAGCAAAUUCAAGCUAGUUGACGAUGUCGCAAACAGAAUGCGCUACAAGAGGUCCCACCAUCAAUAUCUGCAUUCAAGAGCAGCAAGAUUCUCUCUAGACGACAGCGGCCAGGAUCGUCCAACAACAAGGAGUUUUCUUGACGAUCUUAUGGAAGAAAUUCCUGGAAAAGACAACUAUGCAGCAGAUUUGAAGGAUAUUGGCUUCAAUGCUGAGGGGGCCACGCUCGACCCUGUCACUGGCAAGGUGAAAAACGUCGGAUUCUACCACAGAUUGUACAAAGUUGCUAGGCGAGAUGCUAUGGGACUCUCCCUGGUCCAUCGGGGUUUCUCUGACGAAAACAUGUUUUGUGCCAUGUCGUCCCAAAAAGAGGUUGCAGGGUUGGAGGUGCCCAACCCUAAAAAAUGUCGCUGGGUUAUUCCUCCAGGUGGGGCAUGGAGAGAUCGCAAGCGGGUGUGUGAUAUGAUUCACCAAAAAUGGACAUGGGCCAUUCCACUGGAGGUGAUCUACCUGACACCUCUGCAAAAAUGGAACCCCCAUAACAUUGAGUACAAAGGAGAUGCAAACAGUGCACCAGGAAAGACGGUUACUGCUGACAAAAGGUAUGGCCAAUGUGGAAAAGACCUGAAUGACACAUCAACUGCUCAUAAUGGAACAAACAGCCGUGCCUACUACCUCACCCCUGGUAGCUUUUUCACUGGCACAGAGCAGAAUAUAGACGCUGCAGAUACGUCUGGUCGUUAUGGCAAAUGUAUUCUUGAUAGACAGGGCAAAAAACACAGGUUGAUGGCCUCUGGUGUAAGAAUUUUCUUACCAAAUAUUCCCGAAGUCGGAAUAUUAAGAACAAGAUACCCAAUUAUGCCGGUCCAUGGUGAAGGGGGAUCAGUUUGGAAGGAGCUGAAUGCAUUGAAAGAGAUCGUUAUGAACCCGAAGGCACACGAAAGAAUGCUUUGGGACAGUGACGUCAAGACAGCUACGGAUUCUGAAUGGGAAAUGUCACCAUCUCGCAUUGGCGCUGAGCAUACACACACUGUUUUGUUGACUCCAGAUGAAAUGUCACAACUUAAAGGUGGCAGAGAGUUGCAGGUAACAACAAGUUUAGCCAAUGGCCAUCAGCAUUUCCUUAACAUCAGAUGGCACUCAACAAAGAAAAUAGUGUACUAUACCAGGUGCAGUGGCCAGUCUAUUUGCCGUGACAGGCACGCAACGGACUUCAGUGCUUUGAAUACAGAUCCUUCAUCUUGAUGUUCUUACACUUCUCAAAUAAACAUUUUCUUUAUUUUAUUUGUAACAAAAGCACAAAGCACUGGCUUAGCACCAAGAAAGUGUUAUUAUUGCUUAAGAUUUUCCUUGUCAUGAACUUUAAUUCUAUUUGAAUGAAUGCACUUGCAAA